AUGACAAACGAAUUCCAUCAAAUAUCGUUUCCACCGAGUGUGCUAGACAGGUUGGCUCCUGACAUUUCGUUACAAAGACACUUAAACUUGGGAUUGAGACCAUGUUUGAGAAAUUUCAAUGAGUUUAAACCAUUAGAGGUUUCCACAGGAAAUCUACAAGAACUUGAAGGAAAUUUCACAGUAGGAUCAUCAAUAGUGAAAAAUGGUAAUACGACUGUGAUUUGCGGAAUAACGCUAGGUAUUGUUGAAACACCAAAAAGCUCGAUAUUUGAAUCUACCGACUCUGAGUCCACAUACACGUCCGUAUACCCAGUGGUGGAAAUAUCAAGAGGAAGAUCGGGGGCACCCACAGACGAAGAAAUGAUUUUGUCUCAGAAAUUAUACGAAACCAUAUUGCAUUCUAAAAUAAUAUCUACCAAAUCGUUGGAAGCGAAGCCGGGAAUGGCGAUUGCUAAUGACGAUGGGAGCUUGGAAAUAAUAUAUCCCACUCCAAAUGAAACCAGCGAUGUUUUUAGUAAUAUCAAAAGCUGUUCAUUUGUAUUAUAUGCUCACUUGAAGGUUUUCUCAAGAUCAGGACCAUUAUUUGAUGUAUGCCAUACAUCGUUGAUAAAUGCAUUGAAGAAUACUAAAUUGCCAAAGGUUUACGUGCAAGACUCGUUCAACAAUAUCAAGGUGCCUAUUAGGUCAAAAGGAAAUUUUGGGCAUUUAAGUAAAUCAAGCGAUGUAUUAAUUGAUGGAAAUAAGGCUUUGAUGUAUGACUUGCCUCUAAACCAUGAACAAAUUGGGCUUUCGUCGAGUUUUGGUAUUAUCGAAUUGGAAUCUAAUUCGACUAAUGACAUGGACAUUGACUCCAAGUCAGUCAUAUUGGCCGACUUGGAGGGUGAUUCGGAGGAGUCUGAAUGUCUCUCGAGAGCCAAUAUAAUAAUUGAUCAAGAUAAUUCCCAUAUGAAGCAUGUGAGUAUUGUUGGAGGCGGUGCAAACAUUAAUAUUGACACCAUAAAAGAAUGCAUUCAAAUUGCUAAGUUAAGGUCGAUGAAUGUAUAA